GGACCGCUUGACACCUGACCAGCCGAUUAGCGCAGCAGACGUGGCGUCUGUCUACCUCCGCCCGCCAUCGUCCGGCGCAAAGCGCCAGAAGCAGGCGUCGCCUCUUGAUCUCGGCCCAAUUCUAACUGCAGCCAAGCGGCUGGCCAAGUCGGAGGAGACGGCAACGCGCAAGGCGCUCGGUGCAAACCCCAACGACGAGCUGCGCCCAGACGGACAGAGGACUGGGCUGCGCAACCUGGGCGCGACCUGCUACAUGAACUCGCUCGUCCAGAGCCUCUUCAUGACGCACGCCUUCCGGGCCGGCAUCUACUCUUGGAGCAGCACUGCAGCUGCAGAGGCGGACGGCGAGGCAGCCUCGGCCGCGCAGCCGGCCGCGGCGAUCGCUGACAACGUCUGCUUCGAGCUGCAGCGGCUCUUUGUGGCUCUGCACCAUUCCGAGGCCACGUCGUACGACCCCACUGCGCUGACGGACGCGCUCUCGCUCGACACGAGCGUGCAGCAGGACGCGCAGGAGUUCAACAAGCUGCUGCUCUCUCUGAUCGAGACGCACCUGCGCCGCUCGCCCGAGCCCGCGCUGCAGUCCCUCGUCCAAAGCACCUUCCGAGGCGAGUCGUGCUACCGCACCGUCUGCGCGCGCUGCGAGCGGCCCUUCGCCUCCUCGGCGACGCGCCACCCCCUCUACGAGCUCGAGCUCCGCCUCAAGCCGAGCGGCGGCACGGCGCUGCAGGAGAGCCUGCUCGAGUACGUCUGCAAGGAGGAGCUCGAGGGGGUCGAGUGCGGCCACUGCUCCUCCAGGCAGAAUGCGACACGCAACAUCUGCCUCGCCUCCCUCCCUCCCGUCCUGUCGCUGCAGCUGCUCCGCUUC